GCUGCCUCACCGACGAGCUGGACGAGUGCUCGAGCAGCAGUGGCGCCGACGACGACGACGAAGAGGGCGCACGCCUACGGCUGCACCACGGCCAAGCCGCCUCCUCCGUCUCCGGGGGCGGCGCGCCCCACGCCACCGGCGAGUCGUCCUCGGGGGCAGCGAGCGACGACGGCGAGGACGCUACGGGAAGCCGCAGCAAGAAGCAGCGCCUGACGGCGGGCUGCGCAUCUCCUCAGGCGCAUGCGCACUACGGUGCGGCUGUCAAGCCGCGCACCAUGGACGACGUGCUCAAGAGGCUUACCUCCAAGAUGCACAUCCGUGAGGACAAGAGGCCCACGCCCGCCAGCACCCCUACCGGGCGGCCGCCCAGCAACGAGCUGUCGGGCGACUGCAGCGGCGGCGGGGGCGGAUGUCUGCCAGUGGGGGUGCUGGAGGGUGCGGCGGCGCUGACGCAGGCGCUGGCCGGCGAGACGUUUCUCGAGAAGGAGCGCCGCCUCUCCGAGAUGAUCAUGCAGCUGCAGAUGGUGCGCCAGCAGCUGCUCUCCCAGCAGCACCACCAGCACCAGCAGCAGCAGCAACAACAACAACAGCAACAACAAGAGGAGCAGCACAAGGUAAGUCCGGCCACCGCCUGUUCUACAUAACACCACGUACAGCGAUAAAAUUCGAGUGUCACACAACUCGAUGCUCGCUUAUCAGUCGCUAGCAGAAUAAACUUCAGCUUCUCUAGCAUUUAGAAAAGAUGAGUAAAUUUACUAUCAUGUCCGGAGGACCACCUGUUGCUGGCUGGCCGCUGUAUCAACUUCUAAUCUACAACAACGUUUGGGUGUGGUGUGGAAGGACAUUGCUUCUGGGCACCGAUUUCCCAUUUGUUGUCAACUCUCGACACUGUGGCCGCUAUUUCUCAUUCCAGUAGAGCUGAUGCAAAGUAAGCUGGCACAUGCGAGGAAAGGAAUUUUUCUGUGAGUGCUGGGCGAAUCCACCUUGUCGUUCGUAAGGGGUCACCGCUUCACUUGCCUGUCGCCUGCGAACCUGUGUUCUCGUGGCUGUCUCUUCGCAACACGGCAUGGCACCGCAGUCCUUACGCACGAUAGACGCAUGGAAAGAUCUUCACAAUCGGGCACGUGUGCUUAUAUGCCGUGCAGUUAAAUUUAUAUCGGAAGAGACAAAUGAGAAAGGAAAAAUCUCGUUGAAAACUGUGUUUGUGAGGAUUGUAGACAUGGCUAGCUAAUCGAACAAUAAAAAGGAGGGGGGAUGAGGAAAGCAGCUGCAAGUAGUGCCCAAGGCUUCACUACUCUUCCAAAGACGUCGAAUAUGGAGAAGGAAAUCUUAUUUUUAGGAAACACCGACGAACAGAUUCCAGGAGAGUAAAAUGUAAUAUCCACAUGACCCCAGUUUACAUUUUGAAUAUCGUUGUAAGCGACGUUGUCCUGCUACAUUUUUUACGCCUUUUUGGUUCUACAAGAUUUACUUUUGGCAGUGCGUGGUCGAUUCCUUUCACUUUGGUUUAUCCUUUAUUAUGUGAGUUUCUUUUCAGCGCGCUAGUGAGAAACAGCUGACUGCGAAUGCCUAUAUUUGUCGAAUUAUAGCUCGAACUAUAAUAACCUGUUAAAACUAUCGUUUCACACUUGCUAGCUGUAGCUUGUAAGUUACGUGAGAUGUGUGUUUCUGAUAGGCCUCAGCUGCCGAACUGCACUUCCUCCGCCACGUCGUGGGACGUUGUUUAAUGUGACAACACGAGUGAUUUAAUAAGUACUGAAGGGAAGCUGAAUGCUAGCCAGUAUGCGGCAAGAAUGGUAAACUCUUUUAUUACAUCCUUCAUGACCAAAGUACCAACUGGUCUAUUCGAAGACUACUAUAAAUACAUGAUACUUCAUAAGUACAUGUAGAAAACAGGCACAUAUAAGUGAAUGAAACAACUGCUGAAUUUCUU